AUGUCUGCGGGCUCAGGCGGCCCAGCGCCGGGACCCGGCGGCGGCCCCGCGGGGGUCGGCCCCGGUGGCUCCAACCCCCGCAAGUUCAGCGAGAAGAUCGCCCUGCACACGCAGCGGCAGGCCGAGGAAACGGCCGCCUUCCAGGAGGUCAUGAUGGACAUCACGUCGACGCGGCUACAGGCUCAGAAGCUCCGCCUGGCCCGCACGCAGGGCCCGUACUACGGCGGCUCGCUGCCCAACGUCAACCAGAUCGGCCGCGGCCCUCACGACCCGCAGAGUCCCUUUCCGCUGGAGUCUGCUCGCUCCACGCGUCAUCACGGCUUAGUGGAGCGCGUUCACAGGGAGCGCCGCUUCGUAUCACCCGUCGGGCCCUACCGCAACCGACAGGUGGACAACGCUCCCUACAACUACUCGUACUUGUCUCCCCCCACGGACCCCAGCUGGAGAAGGAAUUGGGCCGGAAUCUUCCCGGGGGAUAAAAGCCUGUUGCGUCUCCCGAGCACGGCGCUCAACAGGACCAACUCGGACUCGGCGCUCCACACCAGCGUGAUGAACCCGCCGCCCGGCGACCCCUUCGCCGCGAGAGGUCACGCCCACGGCGGAAGACACAACGUUUUUCCGUUCCCCGUCCCGCCCAUCGAGGAGAACGUGAUGGAAGACGGCAAGCUCCUCCCCAACAAAGCUUGGGACGCCAAGAAGUUUCCCAUGAUGACCUCCAGACCAAAGUCGUGUGAAGUUCCUGGAAUCAACGUGUUCAUGUCGCCGGAGCAACCGUCGGCCCCCGCCCACGGCGUGCCCCCGGCGCUCAACAUCAGCGGUUCGCUGCCGGACCUUUCCAGCCUUCACUUCCCGUCGCCGCUGCCCACGCCGCUGGACCGGGACGAACCCGCCUACCCCGGCGGUAGCGCGGGCAACCUGGCGUCAACGCUCACCCAGCUGGGCAUCGACGCCGACCCGGGCGACGGCUCUUUCCGCCAUCAACACCAAGCGGGUAAGAAGGUCGACCUAGGCACGGCGGGCAACCCGUCCCUGCAGUCGUCGCUGAGCAACCCCAACAUCCAGUCGUCGCUGAGCGCCCGCCCCUUCGGCAACUCUCUGAGCUCGCCGUCGUCGCUGAGCAACCCCUCGCUGCGCUCGUCCCUGGGCUCCUCCCCCUCCCUGCCUUCUUCCCUCAGCGGGCAAUCGCUGCAGUCCUCCCUCAGCGGCUCCUCCCUGCAGUCGGGCGGCAACCCCGCCUCCUACGCGCCGCCGCUCAGCACGUCGCCGCGGAGACGGCCGCAGCCUUCGCCGACGAUCCCGCCCGGCGUGGGAGCGGACGCCCGGCGGCAUCACGCCAAGCCGUUUUCGCCCACCGUCUCGCCCGCGCUGUCCUCCAUCGCGCAGGGCGUGGCCCUGGACACCAGUAAGAUGGUGUUGGAUCAACGCUUAACGUCUUACCCGUUGGGCCAGCAGCACCAGGGUGCAUCACCCCACCAGCAGCCCCUCCUGACUCAGCAUCCGGCGCAGAUGGUCCACCUCCAUCAGCCGGCGCCGCAGAACCUGCUGAGCGCUCAGCACUUUACCACGCAGCAACAUGCGGGCACCUGUCAGGCGGGUUCGCCGCUGGCCAAGAGCGGCAGCAUGUUGGAGCAGUACCUCCACGGCGCGCUGAACUCACAGGUUCCACUCAAGCAGGAGGCGGACCCGCAGAGGAGCGGCAGUCUCCCCCAAUCGCAGCUGGCCCCCGACCUCUACAAUGACGCCUUGCUGAACUCUCUGCUGGACGACUCGUACCUGCAUCUACAGCUCGACGGCAAAGCCGCCCAGCAGUUCACCACGGAGAGCCCGAGCGGUGGCGGCGGCGGGCGAGCGGACUCUCAGGCGGCCCAGCAGUCCGGUUUCCAAAGCCUCCUCAACAACCAGAACCAGAACCUCAACUACGGCGGCGGCGACACUCGCCACAACGUCCCCAACAUCAUCCUGACCGGAGACUCCCCGCCAGCUUUGUCCAAAGAGAUUACCAGCGCCCUGUCCCACGUGCCGGGUUUCGAGAUGGACCCCUUCUCCCUGGACGACCCGCUGAGGAUGGACGCCUUGGCGCUGGACAUGCUGGAGGGCGACCUGAUGCUGGCCGACCCCGCCGUGGAGGACUCCUUCCGCUCGGACAGACUCAAGUGA